CGACGGCGCCGCAGGGCGGAGGAGGAGCCUCGGGUUCCCUGAACCUUCGCACCCGGAGGGCGGCUGGCUGCGGCGGCGGCCGCCCACGGGCUGCUGCGGGGCGUGGUGGUGGACAGAGACGGGAGCGUGUGGAGGGCGUGCAGCGACCUUUCAUCAUUCCACAACUGAUAACAAGGAUUAUCAGAAAGUUGAGUCGACACCUUCGGAUCCGGGCCAUUUUGGAGUGGAUGCUUCUCAUUUAAAAAGUAGGAGGCAUGUCAGAAGCAGAGUCCGCAAAUGUCUGCAGUCUCUCUGGAGACUUGACUCAUUCAUAUUCUCCUUUUUCCAUGGAAACCAACAGCACCGGUUCAGACUUGCCGCAGGUGUGCGUCGCUUAUGUCGACCUUGGGAAUCGCUCACAGAAUGCACUAACUCAGCCAAAUGUCAACAAUAUUUCUUCUUUCGGACGAUUUGAACCCACAUGUACAUUUCAGCAACCGGAAGCAUUUUGCCAUGAGAUGAUAUUCCAAAAUCUGACCGAAGGCACGCCUUGCACAGAGAUGCCAAAACUGCAAAGUCAUGCAUAUGACUAUGCAAAAGACAGCAAUGUAGAGGAAGAGUCAUCAAAAGAAGACUACGUCAUGGAAACUAGCUCUUCUAUGAAUAACCUUGACGACGAGUGUGUGAGACAGCUUCCCUAUAGCCCGCCACACUGCAGGGAAGGAACCCUGAAAUUCACGGAGCUGUCACUGGAUCAAAGCCCUGCUGGGGCAUCUGCCUUCAACCUUCCUCAGAACUUCUUAUAUAAGGAAAGUAAUGCCACUUUUUCACAAGAAAGGCAGAAUCUUGGGGAGCCUCCUGAAACCUUCCUCAGUCACCAAGAGGAGGCCAUGGAAGACCCCAGGACUCUUUCUUCCUGGUCACCUGCUGGCGCUUCCUGGAAUGUGGAAGCCUAUCAGGAGGGCGUGAAGACUCCUGACAUAGAGGAAAGCUCCGAAAACUGUCAGCCUCUGGAAGAGGAUAUGGCUCUCAAUGAAGUUUUAAGGAAAUUAAAAUAUACCAACAAAAAACAGGAAGUCCAGAUCCAAAGCCUCCAGUGUAGUAACACCUACUUGGAGAAGAAGGUCAAGGAACUGCAGAUGAAGACCGCCAAGCAACAAAUGCUCCUUGACAUCAUAAACCAGCUCAAAGAGAACGUCGAGGAGCUCAUCGAAGACAAGUACAGAGUCAUGCUAGAGAAGAACGAUACUGACAAGGCGCUGCAGAACCUGCAUGAAGUCUUAACGAACACGCAAAAGCAUCUCCAGGAAUCGAGGAAUGAAAGAGAAACCUUACUGUUAGAACUGAAGAAGAUCAAGGCCAGCUACGUUCAUCUCCAGGAAAGAUACGUGACUGAAAUCCAGCAAAAGAACGAAACUAUCGAUCAGUGCCUAGAGAAGGAGAGAACCUUAAACAAAAAGGAAGAAGAGAUGGAAAGACUGCAGCAGCUCAAAGAGGAGUUGGAAAAGGUCACUACGUGCACUUUGGACUUACUGAGAAAGGAAAAAGAGUCCCGGGUGCAAGAGUUGCUGUCUUUAAAAGAGGAGUUUCAGAAGCAGGAGAGGAAUAGCCUAAAGGAAAAACAGGAACUGAAAUCUAGGCUCGAGAAAGUGGUCGCUCAAGUGAGAAGUUUCCAAUGCCUAUCUGAACAUGAAAAGGCUAAGAAUGUGAGACUUCAAGAACAGAUCAACCAAGUGCAAGACGAGAACGCCAGGCUGCAGGAGCAGGUUGCAAGGAGUGAGGUGCAAACCCCUGGCUGUCAGUCUGAGAUUGCUCAGUUAAGGAGGCACCCCGAAGGAGGCGUGGAGUCAGGCAGCACAAAGGAUGCUGCGACGCCUCCUUCUGACUUGCUCCUGAAUGGCUCACCAGGCAUAGAAGACAGCCAGAGUCCCCCAGAUGCAAAAACAACUCAGCUGACCUCCAAAGAAAAUCCUUUGCCUCUAAUGGAUAGCAUCAAUUCUGAUGCUGAACAUUUCAACAGUAAGGAAGAAGUUAGUGAUGUAAUGCAGCAAAAACUGAAGAGCUUUCAUCUUAAAAAGAAGACUUUAGAUAUGGAGGUUACUAACCUUGAUUCAAGUGAGAGCAAGAAUAUCCGAGAUGUACCUAUCUUAUUGGGAGACAAGCUGAAUGAAUACCACUACUUAAAUGAAGAGCUUGACUUCUUGGUCUCAUCAUAUGAAGAAAUUAUCGAGUGCGCUGACCAAAGGCUGGAAAUAUCCCACUCUCACAUUGUACAUUUGGAAGAGAGAAAUAAACAUUUGGAAGAUUUAAUUAGGAGACCCAGAGAGAGAGACAGAAAACUAAGACCAAGAGGAUUAACUAAUCAUCCAAAGCCCAUGACCCUGACACCCGCCACUCAAACCCCAUCUCCUCCAAGAGGUCUUUCUCCCUUGGACACCUUCCUUCCGUGCGCCCACAGUGCACCCGGAGUCCUAUUUCAUUACAUUCUAUACCAGAUAUUUUAGAAGGCAAUAAAAGUGAUUUAGAUUAAGCAGGAUUGAAGGCUAAACGUAAAUCAUUUUUGCCAGCGACUCCGGGAGCAGAGUUUUCCAGACCCAGCCACACAAAUGAAGCGGUGAGACUCAUCUCUGUUGUCAGACACUAAAUUCCAACAAAUGUGAUUACUUUUCUCCUAAUUUCUUCAGUUGAAUAGUCAAAUAUACUCUACUUUAACAUAAACAGAUGGCUACAGUGGCUUAUUUACUAAAUACAUGUUUUCAUCCUCAUAAAACUCCGUAGCCACGUCACCAGACCUUUAAUAAUACAUGGACAUGCUCCUGUUUUUUCUGCAUAUAAACUCCGUGUUUGUCAUGUGAACAUUAAACACACUUUUCCCUGCA